CCGGAUACGGCUAGAGGCAGAACCCCCACACCACCACGUCAUGGGUCCAAACACAUGCAACACGCGAAAUUGAAACCGGAAACAGCAACAACACCAAAAAUUAUCGCGACCUCUUCCCUCAUCACCUCUCCUUGCGCCCACGCGUGUUAUUCCCUCACCACCACCAUCACCAUGGUGUAUAUUCGCCAGGACAAGCUCCCCAAGCUCAAGGAGUACAAAUACCAAGGCGUCGACCACAGCUUGGUAUCGCGGUAUAUCCUCAAGCCCUUCUACACCCACUUCGUCAUCAAAUGCUUUCCCAUGUGGAUGGCCCCGAACCUCAUCACCACCCUCGGUUUUAGCUUCAUUGUGGCCAAUUUCUUGACUCUCCUGUGGUACACGCCUACUCUCGACCAAGACUGCCCGCCAUGGGUCUACGCCAGCUGGGCUAUCGGGCUCUUCCUUUACCAAACCUUUGACGCCGUCGAUGGCAGCCAGGCGCGACGCACGCGUCAAAGCGGUCCCCUGGGUGAGCUCUUCGACCACGGCGUCGACGCCGUCAACACGACCCUCGAGGUCCUCCUUUUCUCCGCCACCAUGAACCUCGGCCAGGGCUGGAAAACGGUCCUUGUCCUGUUCGCCUCCCUCAUGACCUUCUACGUCCAGACUUGGGAGGAAUACCACACCCACACCCUCACACUCGGCAUCGUCUCGGGUCCCGUCGAAGGCAUCCUCACCCUCUGCAUCAUCUACGGCCUCACCGCCGUCCUAGGCGGCGGCAGUUUCUGGCAGCAACCCCUCCUCGCCACCCUCGGCGUGCAACCCCACUCGUCCAUCCCUCCCAUCCUCUACAACCUCGCGUGGAACGAGUGGUACAUGGUGUACGGCAGCGUGAUGCUCGUCUUCAACACGGUCAGCUCGGCCAUCAACGUCAUGCAAGCGCGGCGCGCCCGCGGCCAACGCACGCGCGUCGCGCUCCUCGGCCUCCUCACCUUCGCCGCCGCCUGGACCCUCAUCCCCGCUUACCUCUACCUCCAGCCCAACAUCCGCUCCACCCACCUCGUCCCCUUCACCUUCUACGCCGGCCUCAUCAACGCCUUCUCCGUCGGCCGCAUCAUCAUCUCGCACCUCACCAAGUCCCGCUUCCCCCGCGGCAACGUCCUCAUCUACCCCCUCAUCUACGGCGUCGCGGACUCCCUGGGCCCUUUCCUCCAGCAGACCCUCGGCUUCGGAUGGCCCAGCGCCCUCGGCGACGACGUGUAUCAGGUCGCGUUUGUCUUUUCGUGCCUGGGCCUCGCCGUGGGUGUGCAUGCUAGUUUUGUCGUCGAUGUGAUUUGGACUAUCUGCGAUUAUCUGGAUAUUUGGUGCUUGACUAUCAAGUACCCUUAUCAGGAUGUCAAGGAGAAUCGCGAAAAGGUCGAAAAGAAGGAGGAGUGA